GGGGGGGUAGGAGGUCACCUAUAUUGUAUAACAUAAAAAUUUCAAAGUGUAUUUACAAUCGUGGGCAAAAGCCGUUGGGACACUUAUGUAAUGUAACAAAUUAUCUAUGUUUUACAACUGAAGUUUUCACAGGUACUAAUUUUCAACACUGUAUGUGCGGAGGGGAGAGAGGUUAGGCAGGUGAAGUUGUAUUCAUGUCUGAUGCAUGUUCAAAAGUGCCGAAAGUGCAAAUUUGUCCCAAGACUUAUGUCCAUGAUUGUAGGUAUUGAUUGACAAGCUUGAUUUGGUGGAAGAUCCCAACGGAGUGGAGACAGAGGUUGACAUUUUAGUAUUGAGUUAGCAUUUACAACUAGAAGGUCAUGAAUUUGAUUGUCAAGAAUGCUUCACACCAAAUCCUUAGGAGUAGGUAUUGAUUAAAAUUUGUCAUGGUCUAAAGAUGUUAAUGAGACUGCUAAGGUUAUCUCCUUUGGUAUAGGUGCAUGUAUUGAGGCUGUUCAUAUGCAAAGAUACAGUUAUAUAAUAAACCUAUUAUCAAACCAUAUUUUGAUUAUUGUUGUCCUUUGUACACGCAAAAAGAGGGAACUUGAAAACCUCAAUUUCAGGGGAGGGGGGAAUGUCUGGAUAUGGUAAAAAAUGUUUCUGACUUACUAAUAUCUAUGCUUUAUACCAAAACUGUGAAUACCUUGUAGGGAAUAUACACAAUUAGAAGAAUCUUGCAAGAUCUUGUAAGAUUCUUAUGUUAAAAGCCUUACAAGGUUCAAGUAAGAUUCUUGAAUUUAUAAGAAACAAGAUCUUAAUAAGAAACGUACCAGCAAUCUUACUACCUGGGGGUUAAAAUCCACUUUCUGUUUCUUGAACCUCACCAUCACCUCUCCACUUCGUGCCACAUGGCAUGAAAAGAGUGUCUAGAUAAGAUAUUUAUCCUGACAUACUCACUGAAUGCCAUUUUGUUCUCUUGGUCAGGGUGAGAUACUAUGUUGGUCUGUCCGGGCAUGUGACCUCAAGGAGAAGCUGUGAUAUUGCUCAAGGGACGUCUUCUUGUUACCAACCUGAGACUGAUAUGGCAUUCGCAGAGUAUGCCCAGGGUGAACUUAUCUGUUGGUUUUAGUUGUGUUGUUAAUGUAUCCACAAGGUCAGCAAAUUCGAAACUUAGGGGACAAACAGAAGCCCUGUAUCUUUUGACAAGAUGCAACAACACAAGAUUUGAGUUUAUUUUCACCAACCUGGUUUCUGGUAGUCCCAGACUUUUUACAACUGUUAUUUCAGUUUUCAGAGCAUAUGAAUCAUCAAAGCUUUAUCGGGACCUGAAGCUCCGUGGAGCACUGAUUCUCAAUAAACAACUGCGUUUAUUACCACUGGAGCAGGUUUAUGAUAAGAUAAAUGGUGUCUGGAAUCUUUCCAGCGAUCAGGGCAAUCUUGGAACAUUUUACAUCACUAAUGUGCGUUUGGUUUGGCAUGCAAACAUGAAUGACACAUUUAAUGUCAGCAUUCCCUAUUUACAAAUGAAAACUGUUAAGAUACGGGAUUCCAAGUUUGGACUUGCACUGGUCUUGGAAACAUCACAGCAGAGUGGAGGAUAUGUUCUUGGCUUCCGUGUUGACCCAGCAGAGAAAUUGCAAGAAGCAGCUAAAGAAAUUCAAAGCCUACAAAAGGUUUACAGUGCUAGUCCAAUAUUUGGAGUUGAAUUUGAAACGGAGGAAAAGCCACAAGUAGUAGAUGAGGUGACAGUUGAUCCAGUUCAGGAUGAUAUAGAGAUUGUUAAUGAUGGAGAAGGCACUGAUGCCUUUGCAGCCUAUUUUGCUGAUGGUGAUAAAUCUAGUGAUCGUGAGCCAGUGUAUUCAGACCAGCUAGGACUAGCAGUGGAGAAAUUAAAAGAUGGCUUCACUUUACAAGGACUGUGGGAAGUUGUCCCUAGUCAGUAGGAAUUCAAAGAAAUGGUGACAGUAGUCAGCUUUAAAUUAUCCUGAAAAAAUCUUGGUAGCAAUAAUGAACUUACCAGAGUGUUCAAUUGUACAAAAUGAAAUAGUAGCUAGUGCAACAAAAUAUUUGUUUUAAUGGAAAAAUGGAAUGUUUCCUUGUUCUGUCACAAAAAGUAAGGGAAAAUAUAGGUGCAGAAUGUGCCAUUGCAGGAAAAAUCCAUGCCCAUCUCAAGGAAGGUCAUAUUUGGAAAUUCCAAUGUGGAGGCAAAGUUUUCAAAGUGUGAAGCUAAACAAUCUGGAAGGGUGGAGAGGGAGGGGGUCAAACCAAAAACCUUCUGUAUGAGGCACUGUGGAUAAUCCUGGGACAACGCUACAUAUACCUGCCAACUCUCAUGCCUUAGGCUUCCGCUAUCUUCCGAACACUUCGGACGUCUUCAGAUGUCUUUGGAAGUUUCGGACAUCUUCGGAAAUCUUUGGAUAUGAUGAUUGUGUCAUCUUCGCAAAACCUGACACUCCAAGGAUAAAAUCUCAUGCCUAUAACUCAGAAAAAGUUGGCAGGUAUACACUGCAGCAUAUAUGACAAUACUUUUUAAAGUACAGUUGGUUAUCAGCAAGUCUGCACGUACUCUCAAAUCAUGUAAGUUGUUGUUGUUUUUUCUUCUAAAGGGUAGAAUUUGUCCAAAAAUUGCAAGAGAACAUCUUGGAAGCUCAGGCAAACAUUACAGUGUAGUUGAUGGAACAGAUCUUGUUACUUAAUCAUACAUGAACUCAUUCUGUGUUCAGUUCUUCACAAAAUCGUUUUUGUUAACAAGCAUCAGCCACUCUUGAGAUGCUUCAAUUUCAAUCCCUUCUGUG